UUUGCCGGGCCAUCGCGACUCUCACUUGUUGGUGGCCCGCUGCGACUGAGCGGCAGUAGCCAGCCGCAUAUGAUAGAUUACUCUACUCCCUAAGAUGGCUCCGACCGCCUCAACAGCCACGCAAGCGAACCAACAACCUUGCGUGCCGCCCUCUUUCUCCGAGUACGCCGCUUCGGUCUAUGGCAGCGAGGAGGCUGCCGACUGCCGACUGCGAUUCUACGUUUCCCAAGCGCACACAGAGCAGGAGCAGAGUGGCCAAGCAGACCCCGGUGCCGGCAGCAGCGGCACGGCAACGGCCGCGCAGCUGCAGCAGCCAAGCCGCACGUUCGUCGGCGAGCCCCUGCCAGCACACAGCCUCAUCUUGCGGGGCACCUCACUCCGCCUGCGUGCGCUGCUGUCUCGAUGGACGGACGAAGACGACCAGCCGCGGUCUGGCGGCUCCCUGCCUGAGCUCCACGUGCUGCUAGACGCGGCGGAGGACCUGGGCCCAGCGUCUGAGGUGGUGCGGUUCUGCUACACGGGCCAGCUCACGGAGUUGGACUUCCAUGCGCUGCUGCUGGUGCGGCGCCAGGCGAGCUAUCUGCAGGUGCUCAACUGCGCAGCCGCCUGUGACGCGGCAAUGCAGGCGCUGGCGCGAUUCAUGGCGGCACAGCCGGGGUCGGAGGCCGUCGUCGCCGCCUUCGGCGACCACUCUCUCUUCCCCGACCCUGAGCUCGAGCCGGGUUUCCGGCCGGUGCAGCAAGCGCUCACCUCCGCACUGCUGGCCCACUUCGGAUGCGCCUUCAGCAUCAUGAGCAGCUGGGCGCGGCUGCAGCAGUGGAUGCAGCUGCCGGAGGUGGCGGUGGCCUGGGCGCUGGCGAGCGAGGAGCUGCAGACGGACGAGGAGAGCUCGGUGCUGCUGCUGGUGCUGUGGUGGCUGCACUGGCAGCAGCACGAGGCGGGUGCGCUUGGCUGGGAGGAGGCGGGCGCGGCGGGUCGGCGCCUGACGCAGCACGUGCGGUUGGGCUGCCUGAGCCGCCCCUUCCUGCUGGUGCUGCUUCCUCAGCUGGAGUGGCUGCAGCUGACGCCGGGGCAAUACGCGGCCGUGCUCGCGCUGGGCACAGCGAGCGGCGGCGCGGAGCGGGCCUGCACCAGCUGGUCACUCGGCAUUAGGAGCGGUGUGAAGCAGCCUGCGGGAGGCAUGGCGACCUGGUUUGCGGGGCCGCGCAAACAAAGCGAGGCGGCCUCCCGGCCGCUCAAGUGCGUGCGCCGCUUUCCGAGUCACGUCAUUCGGAACCUUGCCCGGCUGGUCCGACAUGAGGGCGUGGGCGAGGAGGAGGAGGACGUGAAUGACGUCGAGGACGCAAAUGACUCGGAGGGUACGGAUAAGAAUGCGAAAUACUGGGAGAGCGACUCCCCGUGGCGCCACGACUCCGGCUACCCGCUGUGGGGUGCCGCCCAGCCGCGCGGCGAGGACCUCAUGACAUGGGCCAGCCCCUGGGCCGGCGGCGGCAUCUACCAGGGCGGCUUCUUCUGGCUCCCCGAGUUGGCGUGGCGGCUGUGGCCGGGGUCGGAGGAGCCGCAGGCGCUGCAGCUGUGUCUGGCGGCGCACGAGGCGCUACCCAUCAGCCUGCGCGACCGCAUGCGGCGGCACGCCUUCGCCAGCGUGGAGGCGACGCUCACCGUGCCAACCGCUAUCAGCAGCAGCCAGCGCCAUCCCGGCUACGUUGGUCGGCUGGUUGCGGGCGUGCCUGUGCCGGUGCGCAGCUGGUGGAGCCACGACUUCCGCCACGCCGCCAAGGCCGUGGUGGCCCUGGAGCUGCCUCUCGACGGUGGCAGCGCGGCGCGCCUGGGGUCGUGGGCGCGCUACAUGACAUUUGUUGACGGCAGCAGCGUGCUGUCGUGUGAGGUGGAGCUGGCGCCCCGCCCCGAGCCAGGCACCGUGGCUGAGCCGGUGUCGGAGUCGGAGUUCUGCGCGCUGGUGCUGGGCGGCGUGGAGGUGCCGCGUGUGGAGCUGGGCCCGGAGGAUGGGGCACCGGAGGAGGAGGAGUGGGACUGGGAGCAGGCGACCACAGAGGACGAGGAGGACAGCGAGUUGGAGAGCGAGGAGGAGAGCGAGGAGGAGGAGGAGGAGAGCGACGAGGAGGAGAGUGAGUGGGAAGAGGAAGAGGCCGGGCAGGCGGUGGAGGAGGUGGCGCAGGGGGUGGAGCAGGAGGCGGCGCAGGAGGUGGUGGAGCGAGGAGUUGAAGGGCAGGAAGCGGGUUCAGGGCUGGCAAUAGCAGCCGCGGCGGGGGAGGCAGCGCAAGGCGACGGCCUUGAGGCAGGCAACACGGCCGACCUGGCUGCCUCGGUGCAGCCCGCGGCAGCCGGCGAGGCCGAGGGUGGGGACCGGGCUGCGGCCGCGGGAUCCGGCAAUGGGCAGCUGGCAUCCGGGUCAGCGGGGGCGAGAAGAGGCGCGACAACAGGCGAGGAGGCGGAGCAGGAGGAGGAGGACGAGGGUCUGGAGGAGGGCCCCGACAAGGCUAUCUACUCGGAGCUACUGCGCCGGCACUUGGAGUUGCUGCGCCGGCACGAGGAGUUGCGGCGCGCUGAGCGCGAAUACGAGGCGGAGUGAGAGAAUUGAGAAGAGAAACGCGAUGGGACAGGAUGAGGCAGAUUGGUGCAGAAUGCCGCAGGAUGAGAUAUAAAUGUAUAAUAAAGCAGGAUGAGGACGUGCAGGGGGAGAAGGCAGGAUGGGAACAUCAGGUGCGACGGAAUGUGUCAGUUGCGCGAGGACACUUCGUGCGCACCAGUGCGUGGAGCUUGGCACGUUGGACUAGUAGACGCGGCGAUGCGGUGUGGUACAGCACAGUCCGGGUGAAAUAGAAGGGGCAGCACAACUACUUUGUGUGCGGUACGAAGCCGUGACCAUGCGCCAUUAUGCUACCGUACAUAGGGACUUAAAUUACAUAUGAUGCAGGCGCUUGCUGCCGUGUUGUAGAGUUGUAUGUGACUCUAGAAAUGGCAAGGUGCUUAUGUACACCAGCAAAUCAUGUUCAGCCUGGCGCGUUACGGUUAGGCAGGUGCAUGGCAGGGCUUGGGGAUGGAGGUGAAGUGGAUCUUGGGAACCUUUAAUCGUUGGGAUGAAGCUGAGUGGUAAGUGGUAAUCCAUAUGCGCAGAUUAGGGGCUGAGGCGGGGGUGAUUGCGUGGACCUUGCGGGGAGCGGGGGAUGGUGGUCACGUGGAGAUGGGAUUUAGCCCAUGUCUGAUUU